GAGAGAGAGAGGCGCAAAGGCAAACAGCAGUCCAGUCAAAGAGGAGCUAGGAGAGCUCCCGUAGCCUUGCCCACUAACUUGAUAUUUAGCAGAGCUGGCCAGCAUGGUUGUCCUGACUCCAAUGACUUUGGGAAUUUAUCUCCAACUCUUUUUCCGCUCCAUCGUGUCUCAGCCGGCUUCCAUCAACAGUGUCCGUCCAGUCUCAGCAGCCCUGCCUGGCCUGGAUCAGAAGAAAAGGGGCAGCCACAAAGCAUGCUGCCUCCUGACCCCUCCGCCGCCCCCACUGUUCCCACCACCCUUCUUCAGAGGCAGCCGGAGCCUGCUUCUCUCUCCAGACAUGGAGAAUCUUCUGGAACUUGAGACCUCACCAUCACCCUGCAUUCAAGGAUCACUCGGCUCUCCUGGGCCCCCUGGUCCCCAGGGUCCGCCUGGGCUUCCUGGGAAGACAGGACCAAAGGGAGAGAAGGGGGAUCUUGGCCGCCCAGGAAGGAAGGGUAGACCUGGACCCCCAGGUGUUCCUGGAAUGCCCGGGCCCGUUGGCUGGCCAGGCCCUGAAGGACCCAGGGGUGAAAAAGGUGACCUGGGUAUGAUGGGCUUGCCGGGGUCAAGAGGACCAAUGGGCUCUAAGGGCUUCCCUGGAUCCAGAGGGGAAAAGGGAUCCAAAGGAGAAAGGGGUGACUCGGGUCCCAAAGGAGAAAAGGGUUUCCCUGGUUUUCCUGGAAUGCUGGGGCAGAAAGGUGAAAUGGGUCCAAAGGGAGAGCCCGGGCUAGCAGGACACCGAGGCCCCACCGGGAGACCAGGAAAACGAGGCAAGCAGGGUCAGAAGGGAGACAGUGGAAUCAUGGGCCCACCAGGCAAGCCUGGGCCUCCAGGUCAACCUGGUCGUCAAGGUCCUCCAGGGCCUCCAGGUGCCCCAUCUGCAGGACAACUUGUGAUGGGACUCAAAGGAGAAAGAGGAUAUCCAGGGCCUCCAGGAAGAUGUCUUUGUGGACCCCCAGUGAAUGGGAAUAACCCCUCCCAUGGGCCUGGCUCCCCCCGAGUUCCCGCGAUUUUUGUGGUCAACAACCAGGAGGAGCUUGAGAAACUGAACACUCAGAACGCCAUUGCCUUUCGCAGAGACCAGCGAUCAUUGUACUUCAAAGACAGCCUUGGCUGGCUCCCUAUCCAGCUGACCCCUUUCUACCCUGUGGGUUACACCAUAAACCAACACGGCACCUGUGGGGAUGGCGUCCUGCAGCCUGGGGAGGAGUGUGAUGAUGGUAAUCAUGACGUGGGGGACGACUGCAUUGACUGUCACCGGGCCUACUGCGGAGACGGUUACCGGCACCAGGGCGUGGAGGACUGUGACGGCUCUGACUUUGGCUACCUGACAUGCGAGACCUAUCUCCCUGGAUCAUAUGGAGACCUUCGGUGCACCCAGUACUGCUACAUCGACUCCACACCCUGUCGUUACUUCACGUGAGGAGCUCGAGGAACAGGUGGGCUGCAGCCCAUGUAACUGGGGGCUGUAUCUCUGCCUCUCACAUCAAGCUGGCCUUACCCUCUCCUUGGCCAGUGUCUACCGACCUUCAUAUGACGAAACAAGAAGACACUCUUGCUGCUAAGAUGUGUUUUUGACUGGAAGUUUGACUGGAAGAAUUUUGGACCACUGCAUCCUGUCUUAAUUAAAAGAACCAGAGAUCUUCUCCAUGUCCGCCCUGGGACUCCCCUCCCUCAUCUGGCUAAGCAGCUGGCUGUAAUGCCUUAUCUCUUCUGGAACGAUGCCGUCUCAGGCCAUGGACUUGGCUUAGCACUGUUAUUCAUACAGGAAUUGGCAGGGCUCAUGUGCUUUGUUCUGCUCUCAUCUAAGGCUGGGAGUGCUGGCGCACUGGCUUCUGCAUCCUUCAGAUCUCCAACACAGCCGUUCUUACCCAAGGCAGCCAACUGUUAGGUUUCUCAAGAUUUAAGAACCACAAAACAGGAGGUGAGCAUGCUCUCGUGGUGCAGCUCCCAGCUUCAGGCCUACCGAGGGACCCUUCAACUGGCCAGAGCCACAGCUUUGUGUGGAGUUGGAAGUACUAAGAAAGCCAUAACCAGGCCGGAACAGAAACCUUCCUCCUCUUGAAGUUCUCAGAAGGACAGUGGUGACAGCAUCACAUCCCAGGUGCCAUCGUGGCCUCUGCCUUGACAGUGCCCUUCACAACCAUGUCCUGUGUGGGAGACUCACUCCACACACCCUCAGCAGGGCAGGUGCUGGUGUUUUCUCAUGCUGGCUUUCCCAGUCUAUGGCUCCACUGCUGAGUCCUUGCUGCCUGCUGGAAGGGCCCUGUGACCUCUUCCAUGCCUGUAUCUUGCACACCCUUGUAUUUCCCCCUGUGUGCCUGAUGACUUCCUUUUGUCCUUAACCCCACUUAUCUGAGAACUGCCUUGCCCAUAUUUCUUGAGUGGGGUUUGGCUCUAUUUUGGAAAGACAUUUCUUUUUGUCCCUGUCCCCAGUGCACAUACCUACCUUGUCACCUCCUAGGUUGCUCUCUGGACUGUUAGUGAGCUUAAGUCUUGGAAACUCAGCAGGCAGCACUUUGUUACCCAGCAAGUCGGAACUGUGAACUGUAUUUCCUGAGAGAGAUGAGCUGCGUCUUCAUAGGCAGAGGCUGUGUCUUUGCAGGCAGGCAUUUAUGCUGUUUACAGAACUAUUUGGGGGGUAAUCUGAGUAUCAAGGAAUAAAGGUGAU